ACCUACCCAAUCCCGUGCGUAAAAGCUAUUUUGGAACGACAUUUGGAUAUCCAAAAGUAGUGUUUUCGAUGAUCAACGGCACAGUGAAGUUCCAGGCGGCACAGAACGCAUUUGAAGAAACCGCAAGUUCACAUCGGGGCAAGCUCGCUGAUCAUUAACUGUCUUUGUGCGCCUGUAAAUCAGAAGUUUUGCGGCGGAACCUCACGCGGCCGUGCUUGACCAGCGCUGGAUGCCAAGGACUCGCCAGACUCACAGGUCAAAGAGUUGUCCAUCUCUUUCAUUGAUUAUUGCGAUGCGUGCAUUGAGUGGGAGAUAAAGCUGCACUGAAAGGGUGUGAUAUUGUCGGGAGAGUGUGCUUGCGCUCUCGCUCAGUAGCCUCGCUGGACUAGAGAGAGGGAGGGAGUCUGGGAGAGAGGAAGAAGACAGGCGAAGUCUCACAAGAUGACUUUAGGUACGGAUAUGUCCGACAGCUCUGCAUUGUCCGAAGACGUGGACAUUGAUGUUGUUGGUGGCGACAUAUCCGUUGGGAAAGACGGAAAGUACAUCCACCACGAGUUCAACCUGGAGAAUGACUCGGACGAUAAUUACACCCAGAGCGCAGCUGAAAGAGGCUCGUCUCCCGGACUCAGCAGCUCCGAAUGUCCCUCAGACCAGCUGGGGUCCGGAGCGGAGAAUGGGACCAUGAUUGGGGACAAACCAAGGAAGAGUGCACUUGUGAAACCACCGUACUCUUACAUCGCCCUCAUCACCAUGGCCAUCCUGCAGAGCCCCAAGAAACGCUUAACUCUCAGUGAGAUCUGUGAGUUUAUCAGUAAUAGAUUUCCAUACUACCGAGAAAAAUUCCCGGCGUGGCAGAACUCGAUACGCCACAAUCUCUCUCUGAACGACUGCUUCGUCAAAAUACCACGGGAACCCGGCAACCCCGGAAAGGGCAACUACUGGACCCUCGACCCGGAUUCCGCUGACAUGUUUGACAAUGGGAGCUUCUUGCGCAGGAGGAAGCGCUUCAAGAGACACCAAAGUAACGAAAUCCUCAGGGAGUCUGGGGGCUUUCUUCCAGGGUUUGGAUACGGCCCGUAUGGAUACAACUAUGGACUGCAGCUGCAGAACUUCCAUGCAACUCAUAGCCCUUAUCACCCUCACCACACAGGUGGUUCAUUCACCUUCCCCAAUGCCCCCUGCACCUUGCCCUCAUCAGCCUCCAUAUUCCCUGCACCGCAUCACCUGCCCUCACUUUUAGGGGCCGAUUUAAGAAAGCCUUUUUACCCUCAAUUAAGCCCCUCUCUGCAGCCAAUCAAGACGGACUCCAGUACCCAGAGUCGGCCUUCGUUCUCCAUCGACAACAUCAUAGGUGCAGCCAAUUCCACAUCUUCUUCAUACAGCGCCCAGCCUAGCAGCCAGGCUCAGAUCCUGGCCAUGUUGACCCCUGCACUGGCCUCAGCUUCCAGUCAUUUGAACUUAUCACAGGAGAGCAUAUUGCAAGCAGGACCACAAAAUCAGACCUUUCCCAGCAAAACUCAGAAUAUAAAUACUUGUCCUUUCUAAAAAGAAAGAAAACAACAAAAACAAAUAGAGAAAACAAGAGAAGAAAAAAACAGAAAAAAGGGAAAAACAAAUUUUAAAAAAUUUGCAGGAGUGUCAUCUGUAAAUCAUAUAUAAAACGCCACUUGUGGCAUCUAUGUGAAGGUAGGGUGAAGGUAUUUCUUGUUGAAGAGUGUUUUGAUGCUCUCCUGAUUUUCUGACAAUUCGAGUGGAGAGAUGUGUUUAUUUAUGGGUUGUAAAUAUGUGUAAAAAUGAGAGACACACAAGAGAAUAAUCUUUUUAAACAAUGAUAGCUUGAAAUCUGACAUGAGGCCUUCAUGUGUCAGUGGAGGAUGAAAAAAAGAA